AUGGGGGAUCAGUCAGGGAAUGUCGAAAUGGCGAUUUCGUGGGGAGACGAUUUGAUCAAUGUUUUGGAUGAUACGAAAAGAUUCGAUUUGUUGGCGCAAACUCUCGAGCAUCUGAGAGCUAUUCAGUUCUCUUGCGACGAAGAUUUUAGUGAGAUAGAGGAAUCUCUCCAAGAUUUGCAGAAGAAACUCGAUGCCUGCAAGGAGAAGACCUAUGAGGCGAGUUCAGGGAUCGCGGAUGGCGAAGAAAUUGAGCGUCUUCAGAGAGAGCUCGAUGAAGAGCUAAAACUUGAGUGCAAGCUCAAGGAAGAGCUUAGAUAUCUUCGUUUUUACUUGGUUUAUGUCAGCACAUUCAUGGCUGAUGAACUCAAAGACGUGAAUUCUCAAGGGGAAUUGUUUGAAGAACAAAGGUUAGCUAUUACGAGGAAAGAGCGGGACCAGUUGAGAACUGAGAAAAAGCUAUCUAUGUAUGCUUCUAUCACUAAAGUUAUACCCAACAUCGAUGAUCCAUUAAAGACCUCAGGCUAUAUGGUUAAUCUAGACCAAAAGAUAAUCGACAAGUUUGAAUUCGACGCAGGCAAGAGGACAGACUACGCGACAUGUAACACCAUUUGGGAAAUUAUAAACAAGCAAUAG